CCCAUUUUCUCUCUCCUCGACAUGGAGUUUUGUCAACACCUUCACCAAUAAAUACUCUCUCAACACUCCACCUUCGUCCCAUGGUUGAGGAGCAAACACACUCUCUCUCUCUCUCUCUACCAUAUUUUGUUUUUUCUCUCAUCUCCAAAAUUCCUAUGGUUGAGGAGCAAACACUCUCUCUCUCUCUACCAUAUUUUGUUUUUUCUCUCGUCUCCAAAAUUCCUGGAAGCCAUGCUUAACUGGUUGAGUUGAUGCCUCAAUCGGUCCAGCCGAUCUCUCUUCGAGACUGGUUCCGGUCGAUAGAGGUCUCCAUUAUUGUAGAUUUAAGCAGCAUCUCUUUCUCUCUCUACCUUGCUUUCUCUUUCUCUCUCUAAACCUACUGUUCUUCUAAGUUAAUGGGGAGAGCCCCUUGUUGCUCGAAAGUGGGUCUUUUGAGAGGACCAUGGAUCGCCAGAGAAGACACUCUCCUCAAGAGGUACAUUGAGACGCAUGGCGAAGGGCGUUGGAGGUCACUCCCUAAGAAGGCAGGUUUAUUACGAUGCGGUAAGAGUUGCAGACUGAGAUGGAUGAAUUACUUAAGACCCAACAUUAAACGAGGGAACAUUAAGCAGGAUGAAGAAGAGCUUAUAGUCAGACUCCAUGCCUUACUUGGGAACAGGUGGUCACUGAUAGCCGGGAGAUUGCCCGGACGAACAGACAACGAAAUAAAGAACUAUUGGAACACACAUCUCAGCAAAAACCUUAGGAGUAAAGGGAUAGACCCGCGGACCCACAAGCCCAUUUCUACUCAAAGCCCAAAUUCUUCAAAUUCCAAGCAAGAAUCAACCUCAAACAAGAAGUCUAGAGCUCCAAAGAGAAAGGGAAAAGACGAGAGAGAGAGAGAGCAUUGUGCCCCAAAGAUCCAUCUCCCUAAACCCAAUAGAAUAAGCAACACCACUUUUACCAUGCCCAUAAGCCACCAAAGGCCAAGAAAUGUUGAAAUCAUAGCUCCAACAAAGAAUGUUAGCACCAUGAGCCCCACAAGUCAAGAGAAAAACACAAAUCAUGAAAGUUUUCAUCUUGAUCAAAAGCAAAGUAGUAUGGGGGAGGACCUAUAUGGAGUUGGAACCUCAAACUUGGUUGAAGAUUGUCUUAGUUGGGGAGCUGAAGAUGAGUGGCUUAGCACUAGCAACACUGAGAGCCCAUGUGAUAACAUGCUGGAGAAGGUCUAUGAGGAGUACUUAGACCUCUUGAAUUGUGACCAUGACUCUAUACUGGGGUCCAAAGAGGGCAAUCUCAUCAAUGAAGAAGGAGAAGACAGUGGCUCUGAUGGAUGGGACUGCACUUACUGGGAAGGCUCAGUCCUCAACUUUCCUUCCAUCCCAAGUGAUAAUACUUUUCAAUAGGACGGGGAGAGAGAGAGGA